CGUCUAUAUAAGUUGAUAAAAUUUUUAAUUCUGAAGCACUGUCGUUUUGUUGUCACAAUCUGCUUUUUUUGUAGCUAGAAAGUUGUGAAAACCAUGACGAUCGUAUUUUUCUGUUUGGUAUUGGUAGUCUUCGUACAGAAUGCGAACAGUCUUCGUGAGGAGGAAAUGAAAUACAUUGUUGAUAUUCACAAUGAGUAUCGAAGGAACGUAACGCCCAACGCAGCAGACAUGCGCAAACUGGAAUGGGACCAGGAGGUUGCGGCGGUCGCCGCGGAUUGGGCAUCGCGGUGUCCGAGUGGCCAUAAUUACGGAAGCGGAUAUGGAGAAAACCUGGCAUUCAGUUCGGAACCAUACACCGGUAACAUAUAUACCACUUUGCAUGGUGCUCUUAAGUCAUGGUACGACGAAAGCGAACAUUACAAGUAUAACAAAGAACAAUGCGAUGGAGUCUGCGGCCAUUAUACCCAGAUGGUCGACACAAGAAGCUUGAAGAUUGGCUGCGCUACCAACUACAAUAAAUGUCCGGGGAUAUUCGGGUAUAUUCUUGUAUGCAAUUACUCACCAGCUGGUAACUUCAACGGCAAAAGGCCUUACCAGAAGGGAAAAACAUGCUCAAAAUGUCCUGACAACACCAAGUUCUGUGUUGACAAAUUUUGCGCUGCGUGCGAAGAUGGGAAUUGUAAGUGCAAGAGAAAGUGCAAGAAAGGUGUAUUAAAUAAGGAGACAUGUACCUGUGACUGCUACAAAAAUAAGGGUUAUUACGGCUCAUUUUGCAGUGAGAAGUGUAAAAACACAGACGACUGUAUCUACGAAUCGUGGCCCGACGAAAAUGUUUGCACCAGUGAUUAUUUCACCAAACUUUGCCCCCUCAAGUGUCAUCCAGAUUGCGCGUACUACAAGAAGAAAAAGGGUUUUUAAGUAUAAACUAUCAUCACAAAAUGGUAAUAAAUAAUUGAUUAUUAUUAUUGUAAUUAUUAUGGUUUAGAGGCCUUAUCCUUUGUAAGUAUGUUACGAUGGAAACAUGAUACAUUUAUUGCUUUGAUUUCGUUUUUGACUGGACUGUAUUUUGCAUUUAUGGCGGACUCGGCGUUCCGUAUGCUGUUCUCUAAAGAAAACUAUUUGCUGCCCUCCCAAGAUAACAAAUGAUAUUUAACUGUUGAACUUGAACAGUUUCGUUACUAGGCUCCAAUACUGGAGCCUAAUAGUAGGCCUCGCCUAUUUAAUGGCUGAUGUUUCGAGUUAUCUUUUAAAGCUAUUGUUACAUCUUUCAAAGAAAGAUUGUUAUAUAUUUUAUUAUAGUUAAUAUAAUUAUAUUGUUAUAUAGUAUAUUACUAUUUGCUUUAUUUUAUUUAUAUUCUUAUGUUUUUCAGCAUCAUACCAAAUUAUUAGUUACGAUUUGUGUUGUGAAGUUCAAAAAAUUGUAAUUAUUAUUACCAACACAGAUGAGCUUUCAUUCUAAUACCAAAUAAUAACAAAAAGCGAUAUCAACUCUUGUUAAUGUUACGUAUGUCUUUAUACAUUUUAUAAACGAGUAACAUUUGUAGGUCCUUCCCAAGUUAUUGUGAUUGCUAAUAAAACUGUGCGUUUAGAAAAAUAUUUCAAAAGUAUUUCAUACUGAUUAAACUUUAACCUUAUGUCUGCCUUAAUUAGUGCUACCGCGGUUGCUGAUUAUUAUUAUUUCAUACUUUUCAAAGAAGAUGUUUUAUAAAUAAUUAAGCCUAAGAAAUGUAUACAUAUUUUUGUUGUUUUAUAUAUUUUGUGUUGAUUUCCCCCUACA